AUGGGUGAAGAGGAAGCUGCUAGCCGGACGGAGAAGGUUUCCCGAAUCCAAAGGGUGUUUAUCAACCUGUUGGAUUCCUACAGCAGCAAAAACAUCGGGAAGUUUCUAUCCAACUGCGUAGUUGGGGCUUCCCUUGAAGAAAUUACAGAAGAAGAGGAAGAAGAAGAUGAAAAUAAGUUAUCUAUGCCAGAAAUUUCAUUCGCCAAAAUGAAGGAAGGCACAUUCCAGAUUGUGGGAACAGUUUCCCACCCCGAAAGUGUUCGGCCGGAAUUUGCUGUGGAGACUUACUCUAACAUCUCUCGAGAAGACCUUCUCCUGCGCCUGCUGGAGUGUGACGUUAUCAUUUAUAACAUUACUGAGAACUCCCAACAAGUAGAGGAAGCCACAUGGGCAGUCUCUGCACUAAAUGAAGAAGUUGUCCAUUUUGAGAAGCGAAAGGUGUUUAUUUUAGUAUCCACAGUGAUGACCUGGGCACGAUCCAAACCCCUGGACCCUGAUGAUACAGAAGUACCAUUUACUGAAGAGGAUUUUCGAAGAAGAAAGCCUCAUCCUAAUUUUAUGGACCACAUAAAUGCAGAAAAAAUGGUUCUCAAAUUUGGGGGGAAUGUUUUGUUUUUCUUCUUUUAGAUGGCUUGGUUGGGUGAAAUACCUGCAUUGCCUGUUUUUGGUGAUGGAACAAAUAUUAUUCCAGGAAUUCAUGUUCUUGACCUAGCAGGAGUGAUACAAAAUGUGAUAGACCACUUGCCCAAGUAUAACUACCUGGUUGCUGUGGAUGAGUCUGUUCAGACCCUGGAAGACAUAGUCAAGUGUAUCAGUAAAAGUACCGGCCCAGGGAAAAUCCAGAAAUUACCCAAAGAAACUGCUUCCCUCACCAAGGACUUAACACAAGACUGUCUUGACCAUUUACUGGUCAACUUAAGAAUGGAAGGAGUCUUUGUGAAGGAGAAUUUUAACAUUCGAUGGAUUGCCCAAACAGGAUUUGCAGACAAUAUCAACACUAUCCUCAAAGAGUACAAGCAAAGCAGAGGAUUACUGCCAGUCAAAAUCUGUAUUCUUGGUCCUCCGGCUGUGGGGAAAUCCAGUAUUGCUGCAGAACUGGCCAAGCACUACAAACUACAUCACAUCAAACUGAAGGAUGUCAUUUCUGAAGCCAUAGCAAAACUGGAGUCAAUUGUUGCACCUAAGGAUUUAGGAGAGGAAGAGGAAGCUGAGGAAGAAGAGGAGGAGAAUGUGGAGGAUGCUCAUGAGCUCCUAGACGGCAUCAAGGAGAGCAUGGAACAGAAUGCAGGUCGAAUAGAAGAUCAAUAUUUAAUUAGAUUUGUUAAAGAAAAGCUAAAAUCAAUGCCUUGCAAGAAUCAAGGCUAUAUUUUGGAUGGAUUCCCAAAGACCUAUGAUCAAGCAAAAGAUCUUUUCAAUCAGGAAGAUGAAGAGGAGGAGGAAGAAGUCAGAGGCAAAAUGAUCCCCUAUGAUAAAUUAAUUAUACCUGAAUUCGUCUGUGCACUGGAGGCUUCUGAUGAGUUUUUGAAGGAACGGGUGAUAAAUCUUCCUGAGAGCGUCGUGGCCGGGACCCACUAUAGCCAGGACCGAUUCCUCCGGGCUCUGAGCAACUACCGGGACCUCAAUACUGAAGAUGAGACUGUCUUUAAUUAUUUUGACGAAAUUGAAAUCCACCCGAUACAUAUUGAUGUAGGAAAACUUGAAGAUGCUCAGAAUAGACUUGCUAUCAAACAGCUCAUCAAAGAGAUUGGGGAACCUCGAAAUUAUGGUUUAACAGAUGAAGAAAAGGCAGAAGAGGAGCGAAAGGCUGCAGAGGAACGCCUAGCCAAGGAGGCUGCUGAGGAAGCUGAACGUGAACACAAUGAGGCUGUGGAGAUGGCGGAGAAGCUGGCUCGCUGGGAGGAGUGGAAUAAACGACUAGAGGAAGUGAAAAGAGAAGAAAGAGAAUUAUUAGAGGCUCAGUCUAUUCCCCUGAGAAAUUAUUUAAUGACCCACGUCAUGCCGACUCUAAUGCAGGGUCUGAAUGAGUGUUGUAAAGUCAGACCAGAGGAUCCCAUUGAUUUUCUGGCAGAGUAUCUCUUCAAGAACAACCCUGAAAUGCAGUGA